GUAAUCGGACUUUGGGUCCGAUUUUUUGACAGUUUGUACUAGUUAUGAGGAGCAAUAUGUGAGAGAAAUAUGGUGAUAAUUGAUCGAUGUUUAGGUACAUUAAGCCACGUUUAGCUUUUUCCUCGCCAUAGACACCAAUGAAGAAGAAAACGUUACCGUGAGAUAACUUCUAUAAUCGUUGGAUUUCAGUUUAGUUUUUUUGACAGGUUUAGCUAACGCUAAAGCCCAAGGACGCAGAGUUGGCUAAUUUCCUCCUGAACGGGUUAGCAUUAGCUUCAGGCUAAUUUAUCCGGGCUUCAAGGGACGGACAUUUUAUGUAAUUUCAACAUUCGUGUACUCACAUUGAAUUAUAUAGAGUACUCGAGUUGGUUACUCGCAAAAAUAAUUGAGACACGGCCAGUAAAGUGAUUCCGACUCUCCUGGCUAACGCAGCCAUGCUAACGGAGGGGGGCUGUAAAUCUGGAAGAGAGCACCGUGAACUUGCAGUGUGUUUAGUCGAUUGUUGCCGUAAUUCUAGCGUUAAGCAGUCGGGUGGAAAAGGACUGCAAGUUAGUGGUAUUUUUAGCGAUACCUAUUGUCUAAGCCAAGGAAGUGUAGCUACCUGUCUGGCGUGUGGAAAGGACGUCGAGGUUGUGUUUUUUUUUUUUAGCGUUUCCUACUGUAGCUAGCUAAUUCUAAUAAAAAGUGUGACUGUCAGUUGGGUACAGAGCUCUGCGUGAGCACGGACUUUUAUUACUGUUAAGUUAGCCAGCAUCUAACGUUAGCUACUCCGGGGGCUGUAAAGUAAUGUCUGGCUCCCUCUGUGAGACAAGCGUCUAGCAACAUUGUUGCGGAUGCUGCGGUUUCAGACUGGCAACCUCCGUGAACCCCAGGGUGGGGGGACCAUAUAUUGCACUUUUAAAUCUUUCCUCUGUCUCCAUUCUCCUCCUGCUGGUGCACUCCUCCUCUGAGAGAGAGAGAGCUGCUUGAGGGGAAACAGGUUUGCUGAAAAUGUAGUCCAAUAACUGCUAUGCAUAGAGACUGCUUCUCCCCUAUUUCCACCGAAAGCCUGUACCCACUGACACAUCAUUCUGCUCUGACUGGGUAUGGCUACCCUUUUUUCUGUAGUUUUAUAUUUCUUUGUGUAAACAAAUUUAAACGUUACUUUUAUCUUACAGUAGUGGGAGUGCAGUAUGCUAACUUACAUUUUCGUACUCGCCUAUUCUUUAGCUAACUUUGUAUGGCAUGUGUCACUCCCGCCCCAACAGUUGCGAUGCCCCUGUCAGCUAUCCGCUCGUGCUCCCGAAACGUGAAAAAAAGGUGUUCUUGGUAGGCUAUCCAGCAAUCAAGUAAAGGUAGAAGCUGCAACAAGUGAAGUAGAUUGGACGAAGGGUUCAUGGAAUAUUUCAAAGACAGUCGCAGAGACACCCAUACUUUCCAUACACAGAGUCUUCCCGCUUUAUUAGAUUUCAUCAAACCGGCCAAACUGCGACCCGCCUUUUGCCUUCAAAAUAAAAGAGAACGUGUAUUUCACGAUGCAACACAUGGUUACCGGUAAUUACACUUUUUUCAGUCCUUUCAUUGUAGUAUUGGACGCAGUCCUUUGCCAAGAUAUAGAAAUCUGUAGAAUAUUUUUUUCAGACCCUUUUGUUACUGAUAGUUUACUGAUAGUGAAGUUUUUAUUCUGAAAAUGUACACAGGAAUCGCUACAUUUUUGUUGUUGCAAGCUUAACAAGUAUUUACACCCAGAGAAAGAGAGAGAGAGAGAGAGAGAGAGAGAGAGACUCAGCAUCCCGUCCUGCAGGAGCGCUUUGCAGUCUCAUUGAAGGAGCGCCACGUUGGGCUGAACCGACAACAUGUCCUGUCUCUACAUCAGAGGGAUCUUACUCACUCUUUGUUGGGCUUCAGUUGCCUUGUCAAGCCUGCACCCGGAAUGCGAGUACAUAUUUCAACUGGAGAAAGAGGAGCGUCACUGCCUUCAGUACAUUGCAGAGCAGAGCAACAGAACCACAGAAGGUUGUCAGCCAUUCUGGGAUGCAAUUGCCUGCUGGCCUCAUGCAGAAGUUGGGGAAACAGUCCAAACAGCUUGUCCUGCCAUCUUCUCCCUCUUCAGAAACAACACAGGUUCAGUGAGCCGUAACUGCACCAGCGGAGGUUGGUCCAGGCAUUUCCCACCGUACCACAUCGCCUGCAGUGUGGAUGAUGACAUUCCUGAGACAGAGCAGUUAUACUUUGCCACAGUGAAGCUGAUAUACACCGUUGGCUACAGUAUCUCUCUAGUGGUGCUGGCUGUUGCUGUAUUCAUCCUGUUGCUCUUCAGGAGGCUGCGUUGUGCCAGGAACUUCAUUCACAUUCAGCUCUUCAUCACAUUUAUCUUGAGAGCUGUGGCGGUGUUCAUAAAGGAUGCAACUCUGUUCUCGAAUGACGACACCAACCACUGCACCCUUUCCACAUUUGCCUGUAAGGCAUCUGUGGUCUUCUGUCACUACUGUGUAAUGUCUAAUUUUUUCUGGCUCCUGGUGGAGGCGGUGUACCUCAAUUCCCUGCUGCUUUCGUCUUUUAAUCACAGCCGUCGGUGCCUCUGGGGCUUCAGCCUGCUGGGAUGGGGUGUACCUGUGCUCUUCAUUGUCCUGUGGAUUGGAUCAAGGGUGUAUUUUGAGGACACAGAAUGUUGGGACAUCAAUGAGGAUUCGCCCUAUUGGUGGAUCAUCAAGGGACCAAUUGUUGUGUCUAUAACGGUCAAUUUUAUACUCUUCAUGAACAUCAUCAGAAUCCUGAUACAGAAGCUCAAUCCUCGGCUGAUCCACUUCAAUAACUCCUCUCAGUACAGACGCCUGACUAAGUCUACCCUCCUCCUCAUCCCUUUGUUUGGUACUCACUACAUGGUCUUCAAUUUUCUGCCUGACUACUUCAAUGUUAACCUGCGCCUCUGUAUUGAGCUCUGCAUGGGAUCCUUCCAGGGGCUUCUUGUAGCGAUUCUCUAUUGCUUUCUUAAUCAAGAGGUCCAAAAAGAAGUCCACAUGCAGUGGCUGAGGUGGCAGGGGCGGAGCUAUGGUGUGGUCUCACCUGCUGCAAAAUGCAGCCAGAUGGACACACCUUUCUAGUAGUGGCCUUCCCCCUCAUCCUACAGGUUAUUUGGACAUCGACUGAAGAUUGUUUCUGUGCACGUCAUCGUCUCCAAUGGGCUGCACAGUUCGCACAAUACCAAUGGUUCACCACAUCUGUAAGUUUUCAUUCCAAACUUGAUAAUAGACUUUUUACUAGCUGCGCUCCUUCUGCCAGAAUGGAGGAACUAAGGUGAACUUACCAAUGGAAAAUGAUUCUGAAACCUCAUGACAUUUUACUUACACUUUUCAAGACAGAUCCUACCCAUUUCAUAUGCAUUUCCCAUGUGGCAACAACUUUAGAAAGCUUCAAGUUUUCCUUGGGGACCUCACUUGUCAAAUUAAAGAGUGCUAAUUUUACUGAGCUGAGAGUUUCGAAUAACGGUUAGAGAACCAUCAAUGAGAAAGUAAAUAGUUUCAACAGAUAUAUGUUUUGCCCAGCUAAACAAUGCACUUUUGUUGAGUGUACAUUUUAAAUGUCCCAUAUUAUGCUAGUUUUCUGAUUCAUUCUGUCUGAAAUGUUCUCUUCUGGCAUGGAAAUAUCUCUUUUUAUAAUAUGGGAUGGUAAAGAGUUGAGAUGAGAUGCUAAAGUAAGUAUAUUCAAAAUUUGAUUACAAAUAUCACAGAUGCUACAGCUUAGCAUGUUGAACAUGUGAAGCUGUAGCCUACUGCCAAAUGAAUCAUCAUUCGUUUAAUUGUAUAUUUAUGUAUGGGUUUGCUUAUUUAUUUAUUAAUUCACAGCAUGGUGGCCAGGUUGGCUCAGUGGUAGAGCAGACGCACAUGUACUUCAAGGUUUAUGCCUCGAUGCAGAGGUCCAGGGUUUGGAUCCGACCGGUGAUUAUUUCCUGCAUGUCGUCCCUUUCUCACCUAACUGUCCUGUCAAAAAUAAUCUUUAAAAAAAACAUAAUUCAUAGUAUGUGUUUACAGUAAGUAAGUAAGUAUCAAGAUAAAAAUAAAAAAACUUAAUUCCAGCUUAAUAGACAUAUAGCUUGAAGUCACACUAUGGCGUUAGCUGCUAAAGACAUCUCUACUGCCAUCUGAGAUCCAGCAAAGGACAAGAAACCAUGAAUGGAAACUUUAUCAUAGUAAUAAAUCAAAAUGAUUUGACAUCAAUGUAUAUGAUGCUAACAUAUCG